AUGGCACCAAGCACACACAGAAAUGCAUGUCUCUCAUGUCGCCAGAAAAAGCUCAAAUGCGAUAGGCAACAGCCAUGCGCGAAUUGUGUUGCUCGGUCCGUCGAGUGCACCGAGCAAGACCUGCCUCCUAGCCGAGCAGUCAAAAGACCGUUACCUCAAGACUCAGACUCUUCAACACUGUCAAGCAUACUCUCAAGGUUAGACCAGAUUGAGACUUACCUCAGUCCCAGCAAGAGAAGAAAGAAUGUCUCUAUAUCGACCCCGAUCGGCGACCAGCUGAAUGCUACUCGCUUCAACGUGCCCGGCGUCUCGCAAAGCCAAGGCCCCGCUUCCAGUGACGUUGUUGAGUCGAUGCCUCCUGAGGAUCAAAUGCAAGCCACCAAGUACUCGGUCAAUGACAGCUUCUUGGUAAGUCUUACAACCAUCACUGAGCAUAAUCAUCUUUAUGUUGACAGCGGCAAGUAUCGCGCGCUCACGCACGAGCUUAGUAUAUCCAUCUCAGCAGAUUACAGAUCUCAGAAAUCAAUCGAACCUCGCCACAUACAACUCCCUCCCAAGUGGGAGACAAUGCGCCUGUUUCAAGUAUACUUUAAAUACUUGGGCCAUGUCCAGAACAUCAUCUACCGGCCUGACGCAGACACUCUCAUAAAUAAUGCAUAUGAGCAGAUCGUCAACAUCUCUGCAACGACUGCACCUCGAGGGCUCGCCUUGAUAUUAUCCGUCAUAGCACUGGCGGCGAUUCUUGAGCCCAUAGAUGGGACCUUGACCACAGCUAUUCCGAUCCUCAAGGAAAGGCUGGGAUUAUUCGCCGCGUACAUUCGAAUGGCGAUGGACUGCCUGGAGCAGCAUCGGCGACGAGCAGACCACGCUCUCGAGAACGUCCAGGCAUUAAUCCUCCUCAGCUUUGGCAUCCAUCAUACCGAGACCUUCUCUCCUCGGUAUCGCGUCUUGAUCGCUGAAGCUAUCGCUGUUUCUCAUAGCCUUGGACUCCAUGUCGUCGACCGAGUAUCUGUAAGACCGGGCCAGUCCAAGGUCGAUGGGGACCCAACACAAGAGAUAAAGAGAAGAGUUUGGUGGUAUCUCGUGGCGACUGAUUGGGCAUCCUCAAAAGCUGAAGGAACGUCUGGAGCUACCUACCUCAUCCAACCAAACCUCAUCAGUACCAACCUUCCAAGACAUAUUGACGAUGACGACCUGAGUAAUCCCAGUCACAAUGAGCGACCUCUUUCAGAGCCAACCACCAUGUCCUAUAAUCUCCAACGCAUUAAAGUCGCGGAGGUAGUUCGCUGCAUUUCCGACCUGAUGCCACAUGAUCCAAGUGAAGCAUCAUGCGAGCUGAUACUUUCGCUCGAUGCAAAGCUUGAGUCGUUACUACACGAACUCCCGGAAUUCUUCAAGACGGACAAGUCAGAGUGCGAAGAGGUCAAACAGAUUGACCAAAAGCAUCCCCAUACCCCAAUGCAGCGACUUUUAAUCAACCUCCUAAUCAAUAUCUUCCGCUGCGGACUGCAUUUUCCGUAUAUUCCUGGACGUCUCAACAAGGCUCUACAUACUUUCUCACGGCAGGCUGGCUUGAAAGCUGCUCGAGCAGUCCUGUCUUCACAGCGAGGCAUGAGCAUGACAGACUUGCUGCACUCUGCGGAUUUCAUGAAAAUCCAGGGCACCAUUUUUCACAUGUUCAUUGGGGCGCUUGUUCUCACUACAGAUAUAUGCUGCAACCAGGACGGGCAGACGCAAUUAUCUGAGCUGAUGCAGGUUUUGAAGAGACUGGACGAUGUCAACGACCAUUCCAAGAUGGCUGCCAAGUUACUGGAUAUCUUGACGCAGUUGCUAGUCUCAUAUGGAGUCUGGUCACCAUCUACGACUAUCUCUACAUACACUGAGGAUAUAACGCCACUUGACUUUCGUUUAUCGGCAUCUGACGACCAAGGGCUAGAUAGUCUCCAUAUGCCCUUUCCUUUUGAUGAGUUGUGGGAGACAUACAUCGGGCAGCCUGGUGGCUUGGAUUUGCUAGAUGUUUUGGAAAUGUAA